AUCAACUUUAAUCUACAUAUGUACAUAUGUAUAUGCAUACAGGGAUUGUCCGGUCCUAUCACUUUCCGGAACUUUAGAGUUUAACAUGUUUAUAUGUGAAUUUUAGUUUAUUCUACUUAGAAUGAAUAUAGUUUAUGCAUGGUCCUAUUACUUUCCGGGCAAACUCUGUAUGCAAGUACUAUGUACAUACUAUGUACAUACUAUGUACAUACAUAUGUAUGUAUGUAUGUACUGAUGUUUCUCUGCAAGUGGACCAUGUCUAUUGUAUGCAUGUAUUUUCUUCGAUUUUUCCAUAAUUUUCCAGUUUUCUGACAAUUAGCUGACGUUUGCUUUAAAUUCUUUCAAAUGAUACCAAAAAUUAGCUCAAUUAGUGCACUAAUAAUUUGAUGCGCAAAAUUAAUUUAAAUAUAUUUUUGAGAUGCCUUUAAAUUAUGCAAUUUUCUGCUUCGCCAGAACAUAACACUUCCUAUCAUCUUAACGAGGCCGAAAUAUUUGGUAAGGUUAUACACCCGGCUUCAGCGAUUGGAACAAUCUGAAUGAACACGUACUUAUACUUACAUACAGUCUGUCAAGUAAGAGCGUGGUCGUGUUUAUUUAUUAAAAUAAAAAUAUUUUAUGAAACUUUCAUAUUUAAAUAUACAUUGUACACAUUACAAACGAUGAUGCAAUUUGGUCAAUAAUAUGUCCAGUCAACACCGGCGUCGAUAAUUGCCUGGCAUGCUUUCUACUAAUUUGACGGCGUAUUCUAGUAGCUAGGAUCUCCAGAUCCGACGAUUUUCGUAAGACAACUACUUCAAAGUGUAUAUGCGUCUUCCACCACGAAGCUUCUGUUUAAUAAGUAUAUGCCCACACAUUUUCAAUAGAGUUUGCAUCGGGCGACUGCGACGGCCAAUCCAAUGUAACAAUGCCAGAUUGAGUUUUCCACUGAGUACAGAGCUCGCUGCGGUGUCGUUGUCCUCCUGCAGAAUCCAAUCUUCAUUUUUUCUGAUGAACCAUCGUUUGGCAGAUAGCAGGAAAGCCUUUUUAUUGAUUUUUUUCAUUUUCUCGGCAUUUAGGUUGUCAGUAAAGAGGUAUGUACAAAGUGCCGAAUCCCUGCUUUGAGAAGCAGCCCCUAAGAUGCACCUUUAUUCCAUGUUUUACGGUCCGCUGAACAAGCCUAUUUGUGGAAGUUGACCAGGCUUGCGUGAGGACAGAACGUGCCCAUAUAGAACAUUCAUCAGUAAAAAUGACAUUUUUAAAAUCUCUAUCAAUAUUCUCAUGCGCCCAAGCGAGUCGCUUUGUCACAAGUUUUUCAGUCAACAGAGGCUUCUUCAUUGUGUUGCGCCAUUUCAGAUCAUGAGUAUGAAGAAGGGUUCGGAUAGUUUUCUAGUAUAUAUCUAAACCUUUGCCAUUAAUUUUGAUUGUCCUUGCCGCAGUGUUAAAGCAGGAUUCCGCGAAAACAGAUUCACUAUUAUUUUCCCAUCUCUUUUGUUCACUUUUCCUAUCGAACCACGUUCUGCAUCAAAGGAAUUAGAGCGAAAUCUUUCAUUAACUGUUGGUAAAGUCAACCACGCUCUUACUUGACAGACUGUACAUACAUAUAUGUACUAUAUGUAUAUGAACAUACAAAAAAUAGUAAUUACAUACUUUUUAUGUACUUAGUAAAAGUCCUUAAAAUUUGUAUUUCUUUUUGCAACAACCGAGCUUUUUGAUAUCAGUACAAAUGUGUUGUAUUUAAAGUUUUGUACGCAAGAGCUUUUGCAUUUGUUUCGCGUGCAAACAUGGAUUCCACAAAAGAGAACAUAGUUUUGUAAAGUAAUGUCAGAGAAUUUGCAUUCUCUGAAGCGACUGUCUUAUAAUUUUCGAAAGCUUUUUGUUGAACAAAGAAGUUGCGAAAUAUAAAAAAGUGCUCCACCAAGAGUAAAUCGGGUACAAACGAAGCGGCAAAUUGUUGAUGCCACUUGUCAGAGUAAGGCAAACAGCCUUAAAUGCACGCGAAUAUAUUUUAAUAAAUAUUGGUGUAUACAAACAUAUACAAAUGUAUUUUUAGUGACUUUAUGUGCAUAUGUAUACUUGCAUAUUAAAAUGUAGUACAUAUAUUCAUAUGGAAAAUAUAUGUACAUACUAUGUAUGUAUGCAUGUACAUAUAUUUGAUUAUGUAUUAAUUCGCAAAUGCCAAAGAGUUGAAUUAAAUUUAUUUUUUUCUCUGACGAAAACUUUACUUGAGGCUUUUGGAUGAUAGUGGUGUAUUUUGGCAAAACUCGGGUCCGCCAACGCAGCAAAAGCAAAGCCCUGAUGGUGCCGCGUUAUUGGUAUUCAUUUUUCACAUUCCACAUGCGAAGACAGUGCCUAGUGCACUUUUCCAUUUUCUCGCUGUUGUUAAUCAAAAGUAUUCCGUGUCCGUUGUCGCAAGUGAAUUUGAUAUUUUGAGUCUCCACUUAUCACAAUGCUGGAACUUGUGUUUUAACUGGUUUGGUGUAACAGUUGCAUUGUACAAGUAACAAAAUAUACGCUUUGGAAUGUUGAAACAUUAUACAAGCAUCAGCAUUGCAUGGUUUCAUAUUAUAAUGUAGAAAAUUAGUGCCAGUCGCAGAAGCGACUACUUAAUUUGCGAUUUAAACAUAUGACGGCUACCGUAAUGACCACCCAAAUAUCCGCUAUAUCUGCGUCAUCUCACGCUAUUGAUUCGUCGCAGGCUGUAAUCACAGACCACCGGUCGUCUUUUUCCGCGAAAAAUACCAAUAUUGUAAAAGCUGAAGUAGCAAAUAAUACGUCAAACUCUAACGUAAUGCUCCGCUCUUCAAAGCCUGCAAAAGCACUUUCAGCUAUUCCGAUAUCAACAAUUCGGGCCCAGUCGCUUAGAUCCAAUUUGCCUUUUGUAAAAAUAUUGCAUACACCAUCUGUUACUUUAGCUAGAUCACUUAGCUGUGAUGAUGAAGAUAAAUGCUCAAAUAGAAUUGUUGCAGCCGUCGGAUUGACAGCGAUGCAAUGCGUUGAUAAUAGCACUCAGACCGAUACUAUGCGUAACACAGGGCAAGUAUUUUUGACAAAAAGGGUACCCAAACAGUUAGGAGUAAACGCUGAACUUAAGGAAGAGAACAAUGAUCAGAAGGAUUUUUUGUCUUCAAAAACACGAAACCAGAGCUUAAUGUUUAAUGAGAUCAGCGAGAAAAGCGGAGGAAUUAUAUCAAUUACACAGGAUAGAAAAAGUGAAAACGACAACGAGAAGAAUAUGUUGGAAAAUAAAAAUUAUUUCUUAUUCAGGGAAAUGGACUUUAUAGACAUGAAGAGUGAAUGUAGUAGAAGUAGUAAUGACACUUUAUCUGAAACAAAAAGUCUCAUUGAAUGCGACAAUUCUUUUAAGAAAUCGGUUAGUAUUUUGGAAGUUGAGAAUUCUGUUAAAAAUUCUGAUAAUAUUUUUGGAUGCAAAACACAUUCUAAUACUGAAAAAUUUUUGAAAUCAGUUGAAUGUACUUGUAAUGAUACACCACAAUUUAAUUGUGAUUGUGACCAAACUUUAGCAAAUUGCACCUAUCAAGAACGCAUUAUUGACUAUGACAAUUUCCGGAUAAUAGAACACGUUAUAGAUUGUGCAAAUGAAAAUUUUUGUGAACAUGGUGAGAAAAUGGAAUGUGAUAGUCCUUGGAAAGAUACGGAAGAGGACAACGUAGAUCAAACUAAAGAAAUGAACUUAUCAUGUCGAGAGUUGGUGGCAUUUAUCGGUGAAAGUUAUCAAAUUAUUAAUAAUGAACAUCAUACAAUAAUGCAGAACGAAGAGCAACCCGAUAAAAAUUUACCUGUUGCGUUGUCAGUGAAUUUAGAUGCUCACCAAUCUAGUAACGAUAAUGAAAAUAAUAUAUAUUGUUCCGGUGGAGUAAGUAAUGACCCUAUACUAUUGGAUUCUCAAUAUGCAAAUACGAACUUAAAUGAAAAUUUGGAUAACAAUAAUAACAAAGGUUACUCCAAAGGAGAAGCACAAGUGUUUAAUGGAUCAAAGAUACAAUCCCCCAAAAAUAAUAUAGAAAUAUUAACUCAGAUUGAAACAACUAAUUCAGUUUCAUUUGAGUCUCAUGCCCAAUCUGAGUCAUCAAAACGUAAAGAGCAAUCGAUGUCAACAAUCCAAAAUGCUACACCAUCUAUGGCAUUAGCUCUGAAGGCUCUAAAAUCAAAACUGACGCCUUUGGCCCCAUCUUUUCAUCCAGCACGAAAAAAAUUACAACCAACUUCAUCCGCAACUACUGCCUCAUCAUCAAUGUAUGCCUACGAGCAGACGGCGAUCUAUUACCAACAAGAGCCACAACUGCCUAAACCGCAGCUACCGCGUCUACAACAAUUAGCAACUACAACUACUGUGCAUAAAACGAACUUACAUCACUAUCCAGGAUUGCAAGAAGAACAACAACAGCAGCUACAAGUCUUACCAGUGGUUCAACCAAGCUAUUCCAAAAAUUAUUUUCAACACCAACACUACUGCUCAUCAUUGAUACAAAAUUUACAACAGGUACACAAUUUUGUAAUAUCCUCUAACGAACAUCCUCAACAAUGCGAUGAAUUGAGAAAUUGUUGGCAAACUCAUCUGAAUAGUGCUCCUAGUUCAGUUGCUGUUGCAAUCCAAACAAGCGCCUUGCCCGUGACCGUCGCCAAUCCGACUCAGCAAGCUCAACUGUUCCCGAUUCAGUUGAUUUCACUUGGCACUCCAACGCUAGCAGCGGACUCCAGUAGUAUUUUUGGACAGCGGCAGGAACCAUGCACCACUUCUCCUGUGUUAGCCUCGAUUGGUAAUGGAUCAACUCCUUGGCCACUUUUAGAGUCAGCACCUGUUUUUAUCGACUCCCAUGGAGAACUCCACACCCUCUGUCCGACACAUGGUCACGCGGCCUUAACUGCACCAUCAGUGGAGACCGGGGUCAAUCCACAAUGUGUAUCAUUUAAUCAAGCAACCCUCAGCUCUACACGAAGUAGCAUUUCGCAGUCUUUACAUUGCAAGCAGUAUCAGAAUCCGCUACAAAAUCAAACGCGACCACUAUCAUUAAGCACAGUGGCGAAAGUUAAUACGACCAAUCAUCAAUUAAUACAAAACUCAAAAGUAAAGAAUCAAAAUCACAAUCAAACUCAAAAUCAUCAACUACGUCACCAACAACAGCCUCAACAACCCCAGGCGCAUUAUCAACAGCAACAGCAGCAGCAAAAAUUCGAUUCGGGCAUUAUACUAAACAUUUCUGGCAAAAGCAAACUUCAUCGAG